CAGAACAGUUGUCACACUUGGAUGUCCUUGGACUUGGGGAGCAUGGAGAACCAGUGCGAAGUUCAGGAUGCCUGCUGUGUUGGUUUUGGGCUUUUUAUACCUUUGGAUAGAGCUAAUGAUGAUAAAGAGAGCAAAGAAGAAGAAAAAGAAAAAGAGGAAGAAAAGGGGGAGAAAGAGGAAAAAGAAGAGGAGGAUGAGGAGAAGGAGGAGAAUAAGGAGGAGGAAGAAGAGAAGAGAAGUUGGUUAGAGUGGUGGUUGUUAAGGUAAGAUUUUGUAUUCGUUCUGUUCUCACUAUAGCAUUACUUUUAUUUUCACAUUUAAUACUCAAAAGUUUAGAGAGGUCAUUUAUUAUCAUCAAAUUAUUAUCAUCAUUUCUUCGUUGAAAAAUGAGA